AUGCUGCUGGAACUAAUUCUUGAUAAGCUGUGGUUGCACAACCAUAAAGCUUUUUGCCUGAGCUAUAAUGGCUAUUCUGAAAAACAACUCAACGACCGGUUAAUACGUGGUGCGCCAUACAAAUUAGUUCUUCACCACAUUUUGCAAGGUAUGGCUUUUGUGCACUCGUUCCAUAUAUUUCUCAACUCUAUGAUGCUACAGUCUUCAAUACCAAGAAAUAUAACAGUUUGUUUUUUGGGUUUUAAGCCAGCCCGGUAUUGGUUUGGAGAUAUAAAUAGUUGUGCUACUUUGGUAUGUCGGAAGGCCUAG